UUUCAUUUCUUCACUCACUCACACGUCACUUCCGGUCUGCAUCCGGGUCUUGAAUUAGUCAUGGUGGAUGCAAGUUUCUUUUAGCGGGUUGAAGAGAUGAUUCUGUUUGGCCCAGAUUAAAAAAAAAAAAACGAAAAGAUACCCAGCUUUUCUGGAAAGUUACUACAUGAAGUGCUACUGGAAAUGGAAGAAGAACGAUUAAAGAGAGAUGCACAAGGUAAAGCUUCUGCAUUACUUUCUUGUUCUGGCAGUGAAUCUGAAGGUGAAGAGGUGAAAUCUCAAUUCCAUUGUAAAGGUGAUGAAGUUAUGAUGGAGGAGAACCCUAAUCCUGAAGAUCUAGAAGAGGAUGAUGACUCAGAUGAUGAUGAAGAAACUGAUGAUGAGGACGAAGAAACUGAUGAUGACGACGAUGAUGUUACGAAAGGUGUUUGUGACAAAGUCAGCCUUUUAGAAGAUGACUCUUCUGAUCAAGGAGAUGGUGAUGAUUGUCCAAUUUGUUUAAAUCGGUUAAAAUAUCAAGAUAUUGGAACUCCAGAAUCUUGCGAUCACAGUUUUUGUUUAGAUUGUAUUCAACUUUGGGCCAGGAAUGUCAAUACUUGUCCUGUAGACCGACGAGAAUUUGAAUUAAUCUUGGCUAGACAUGCUGGUGAAGAUGAGAUUUUUAAAAAGAUUCCUGUGGCUGAAAAGAGUUUUGAGGCUGAAGAAGAUGCAGGUGAAGCGGAAAAUGAUUUGACUUACUGUGAAGUUUGUGGCCAAAGUAACCGAGAAGAUAGGCUUUUACUGUGUGAUGGGUGUGAUCUAGGAUUUCACUGUGAGUGCUUGGACCCACCUCUUGAUAGUGUUCCAGUUGAAGAGUGGUUCUGUCCAGAUUGUGCUGAAGCUAACGAUUCACAUCGUUGUGUAUUGAAUGAUUUUGAAUAUGAACCACAAUAUUUAUUAGAAGAAAACUCCCCCUCAGAAGCUCUUCCUUAUCUACGUCCAAGACGAAGACAAAUCGCUCGCACAAGGAUCAGUGAAAGAGUUCGCGCUCGCAUUCAGGAAUACCGUGAAGGCUUAGCACGUCUUGUAUGUGAUGAUAAAGAUUCUGGAGCCUUUGAGAGAGGGAGUACAUCUACAGAAUUAAGUCGAACACGAAGCCAGACUCGGCAGUCAGAGGCAAGCAAAAAACAAUCAACAAGAAGGAAAUCCAAAAGAUUGGCAUCUGGUAAAAAAAAAGUCCUCUCCAGGAGAAAACAGCAACGGCGUGCCAAGACCUUAAAAAAGAAUCAAAUACUAGACAGACUCUGCAAUACAACUAAGAGCCCUAAAUCCCGUCUUGCUGGUAAACUUGGAUUAACCAAGUCAAGGAAAUCUGAGCGAACAACAGCUGAACAAGUAGCCAAAGAAAACUUGUAUGGAAUAAAACCUUUGUCAAUUAUGGGACACAAGCAUGAAUUGGAUCAAUUUGAUGAAGAUGAUUCCUUUGGUCGAUCAAGUGAACCACAAGCAAGUACUUCAAUGUUAUCUGCAGCAGCCUCAAAAAGAUCUUCAAAAUAUUCAGCCUCUGCAUUACUCUCCCGACAACCGGUUGCUCGCCCGUUGUUAUGCAAGUUGCCAGAUGAUAAAGCCAACAGUAGUCUUUUCUCUUGUCAGAGUAGCAGCUCUGGUGCCAGUAACAGCAGCAGUGGUGUUGGUGGGGCUGGACUUGAUUUGUUAGGAACUAUUAUGAUGGAACAAAGUAUUCUUCAUAUGAAAAGUAAAGACAUCAAAAUAAACCGAGAUGGUUCAUUGACUGCCAAGAAGCCAGUUCCUGUCAGUGUAGAAGAAUGCCAAAGCAAACCUUCACAGUUGCAUUUUGAUUACUCAACAUCUAAAGAAGAUGAAAAUUCCAAAAUCCAGGUGGAUAAUGAUUCUGAAAAGAAUCUAGAAUCUCCUGAGGAGGAAAAUUCUACCACUUCUGUUGCAAGUCCUCAGAGUAAAAAUGAUCAUGAACUUGAAAAGAUUCAUAACAGUUCUAGUGAAUCAAAAGAGGAAAGAUCUCCUGUAGCAUCUGGUGAGAGUGAACCAGAGGCAAAGGUAUCCGAACCAGAAGAAGAAGAAGAAGUAGAGACGGAAUGUUCCGAAACUGUUGAUGAAAAUCUUGCUUGUGUAAAUGAGGAAGAGGAAGCGGAAGAAGAGGAGGGUGAAAAAGAAGAGGAGGAAGAUGAAAGGGAGGAGGACAUGGGUGAGGAGGAAGAAUGUAAAGGAAAUGUCAGCGAUGACACUAAAAUUAAUAACAAUAACAACAACAAAAGUGUUGGAGAUGAAAGUCAGGAAGAAACAGAAGACAGUUCACAGGAUGGUGUGUUAGAUGCAGCAACGGUGAGUAAUAACUCGGAUGGUGAGGAUAUCAAGAGUGCUUCACCAGAUACAGAAAUGAACAGCCAACUAUACAAGAGUGAUGACAGCUGUGCUGCGGAGAACAAUAAGGAAAUUACUGAACCAGAAAUGGAAAAUACGUAUGAUCCAAUACUAGAAGAGAAAACUAUUUCCGAGGUGGAUUCUGUUGGCUUCAGUCCUGAACUUGAUCUGGAACAACAGAGUGAAGCUGAGGAUACAGCUCCUAUUAAGGAAGGAGAGUCAAGUUGUGAAGAUGCUUCUUCUGUGAAUGUUGACAGUGAGAGAAAUAAAGUAGAAUCUGAAAGUAUUGGUGAACAGCAAGAGGACAGUGAUGAAGAUGAGGGCUGUCCUGAUGAGGUGGACAAAUCAGACAAGGAAGAAGACGCGAAACAAACUGGUGAAACUUCAGAUAUUGAAGACAAUAUUAAAUCAGCUGAGGAAGAUGUUGAUGAGGAAGUGCCUGAGGAAGAGUGUAAAUUUGAUACAGAAGAUGACAAUGCUCAGAAGGAGAGCACUGUUGAUGAAUUAGAGUCAUCAGUUGAUUUUGACAAAGCUGAUAGUCAUAAGGACCUUGCUGCCGACGAUCAACCUUCAAAAGAAAUGUCUCCGCUAGACAACUUUGAGAAAUCUGAAUCUGUGAGGGAUGAGGAAUCUGAUGAAAAUGUCGACUCUGGAGUUGCAGGAGAGAAUUUAGUAUCUGAUGAACCAACUUCUAAGAAGUUUGAGAUUAUUGAAGAAAUGUCAGACCAUUUUGAUGAUGCAACAUCUACAAAUAUGACUGAUUUAGAAAAAGUUUAUCAAGAAAGUUCUGAAAACUAUGAAGAAACCAAUGAAAUGGUAGAGAAAGAAGCAUCUGGCAGUGAGAGUGAGGCCAGUUCUGUUGCAGAGGGUGAGAGAGAAGGGGAUAAACCCAAAGUACCAAUUUCUGAGCUACCAAGGAUCCCUAAGAGAAGUCGAAGGGAAUUGUAUAAACGGGAGAAAUCAUCCAGAAGUGAUGGUCCUGAGUUGAAGAGUGUUCUUGGAAGAGUAGACAUGUCUGAUUAUAAAAUGAAACGAGGCUGGGGAAAGAAAGAUCGUAAAAGUCGGUGGGAUCCUGAUGACUGGAAUCAAUCGGAAAGGGAUCUUGAUUUUAUCAGUAGCCGAGACCGUAAGUCAGAUGGAAAUAAAAGUUACCAUUCAGAUCGUUCUGAAAGUAGUCACGAGAGUGAAAAAUAUGGCUUUGAGUACAAAGAAUCAAGAUCUCGGAAGAAACGACAUGAUAUUUCUCGAAGUCACUCAAAAAGCCAUAAAGAAAGUACAGUAGAUUACAGAGACAUUCCACACUGUCGUUAUUCUCCAGAGAAAUCCAAAACCCGAAAACGAGAGCGUAGUCGUAACCACAGUCGCUCAUGUUCUCGGGAUAAAGUCUUUGAUUAUGACAAAUCAAGCAAGAGAAAGAGUAGAGGGCGUAGCAGGGACAAAAGUCCCGGCAGAAAGUCCAAAAGACAUCGCUCUUACUCUAGAAGCCCAUCACGUAAAUCUCAUAAAGACAGAGGUUUGAGUGAUAAAAGGCGGCACAGAGAUGAACGCAAGAGAGUUGAAGACCGUGUCCAUAAGCGAUAUUCUGACAGAUUGGAAUAUGAAGAGAAAAAAAAUAGACAUCACCCAGAAGAAUUUGAGGAGUGGGAUGAUGGUUCUUGCCAAGUUAUUGAUUAUCCUGUAGAACAAAAUGAAUCCCCUCCAACAACUAAAUCAGAGCGAAGCAAAAAAUCCUCUGACCGUUUCUAUAAAACUUCUCCAAAUGAUAAAGUAAGUGAAAAUUUCUUUGAAAAAAGACCGUCACAAGAAAGAAGUGCUUUUAAAGGAAAUAAGGUAGAUGAUACAGGGCAUUUCUACAAUGCACGCUCAACAACUAAAAAGCAAAAAUUUGUUGAUCGCUUUUAUAAAGCUCCGCAUCUCCGAGAUGCUGGUACAGAAAAAUUCCCAAUUCAUCUGUCUGAAGAUGAAACUGAAGCUGAGCCAACUGCCAGCAAACCUGAGACCGAGGAAGUCCAGAAGAGCAAUGAUGAUGAAAAUCAAGUGAAAGAAAAUGAAACUGACAGUGGAAAUAGUGAGUAUGAUCCUGCAUUCCCAACAGAGUCAGGAAGUCCAAUGCGACGCGAAGAGGCUCCACAAUUGCUUGAAAAAGUUGAGGAAGAGAGCACACCAGCUUUGUCUGAAUCUGAAAGUAGUUCUGCACCUUGCACAACUAUUGAAGACACUUCACCUACUUGCACACAGGCUGUUGUAGCAAGUGACCCUCCAUUCAUACUCCAAGAAAACCCCAGUGUACAAAAUCUUCCAGUGCAAUCCCAGAACAUUACAUUUCCUAUGGGACUUCGAAUGAUGCCCCCCAAUAUGCCUCAGCAUCUGAUGAUGAACCCCAUGUUUUUAAGUCGCCCUCCUCCAUUCGGUAGGUUACCUCGUAUGGCUGGACCUGUAAAUCGAAUGGGUUGGCCCAUGAAUCCUUCAGGAAUGAUGCAGUUACCUCCCAAUCGUUUUGGUCCAGCACGUAUGGGUCCUGGUGGUGCAAUGCCUCCAAGGCCGGGUCUACUCAAUGGAGGGUUUGAGAGCAUGUCUCAAGAACCUGGGCAACCUAUGUCUUCUUUCAAGCAACACCCAUGUGACCCCAGACACCUUCCUUCCCAAACCCACUCGCCUGGACAAAUUUCUCGCACUGGCCUUCCCACUCCACCCAAUAUAUCACACAUACCUCCUCCUGGGCCUUUGCUCACACAGCAGCACCCUCCUCCUCCCCCUCCAACCUCACAAAUGCAUAUGCCCCUACCCACCACAUCACUUGCAACGACAUCGUCUCAAUCUCUGAACUUGGAAUUAGACGAUGGUCAAAGCCCAGCCUCAGUUCACUUGCCACAGCACCAGCAACAGAGUCUUGGCACGAUAGGGAUUAGCAAAGCUCAACCGUCCUCUGAAAAGUCUCUGCCACCAAAUUUCAUUGUACCUGAAAUGAAUCAGUUAACAAAACUGCUUGAAGCCCAGGCACAACUGGCAAUGUUAGCUGAAGACGGCAGCAAGAGCGAGGGCAAGCAGAGGAACAAACAGCCGUCUAUCUCUCAGAACAGUGAUAUUGAUGUUUUUAAAAUUCCCUUGCCUCCCAUGGCCCCACCCACUAUACCACCUCCAGCUUUAGCAUUACAGUUAAUGCCACCCCCAGAUUCUCUUACUUUCUCUACUAACACCACUUCUACUACUAACAAUUCUGUUACUACCAAUACAUUUAGUAAUAGUAAUAGUAGUAGUAACAAUAUCAGUAGCAGCAACAACAACAACAGCAGCAGUGGUGGUGGCGGUGGCAGCAGCAGUAGUAGCAGCAGCAACACUACCAGUAAUAAUGUAAAAGUCUAUAAAAGCCAUCAAUUGAAAUUAUCGAACAGCCACAGGUCAUCAGAACCACCAUCAGAGUCAACGGAAGUGGUGGACAUGGAUGUUGCUUCACCCCUUGAUGAUGAUGUUGAAAUUGAAUUGCCUGCAUCACCAGAACUUGAUGAUAUUGAUGACAGUAAGCUGAGUUCCAAAGACUCUUCUGUAAUAGAAUUGUCUGUGGUUGAAGAUAUGCCUGCAUCUGCAGUGGAAUUGACCAAUUUAACCAACAAAGAAAAGCACGCAUCAAGGCUCGCAAAGGGCAAUCGAAAGACAUGUCAACAACGAACCCUAUCACCCACAUCUACCAAGGUCAGCUACAUGGGGUAUAUGAAGAAGUUGCAAAUACAAGAGCGUGUUGUAGAUGAAGUGAAAUUGGCCAUAAAGCCUUUUUAUAGUGGCAAAAAAAUAGACAAAAACGAAUAUAAAGAAAUUCUACGGAAAGCUGUUCCGAAAAUCUGCCAUAGCAAGAGUGGAAACAUCAACCCGGCCAAAAUCAAAGCUUUAAUUGAGGCAUAUGUGGACAAACUGUGUAAAACGCGCCGGUGUUUGGAGCGCAGAAAGAAAAGCAGUGUCAAAGCAAAUGGUGAACGGGUAAAGAAACCUUCAAGAUAACUAGCAGCAUCUGACUAGCUUUCAAAGAAAACCUAGGACCAUUUUACUAGCCUUCAGAGAGAUAACUGGGAUCAUCCGACUGUUUUGAAAAUUUGGUUUUGUAAAAUACAUGUGUAUGUGUGUGUCUGUGUAUGUGUGUGUAUAUACAUACACACAUAUAUAUAUAUAUGUAUGUAUGUAUGUGGAGUGGGGAGGGGUGUUCAAAGCUGUUCAAAAAUGCAUUUUUAAUCACACAAGGAAAGAGGAGAAGAGAGAAGAAACAAAGGAACACAAAAAGAGGAGUAAGUGAAACAAUGAGUUUUGAUGGCCAGCAGUAUCAUUAUUUUACUAUUUUGAUGAGUGGCCACCUCACUGAGACUCUCCUAAACCUCAUUUAAAUCAAACUUGCAUAACAGUGUGGCUCAAGCUUCAAACUUUCUGCAUUUUUUUACUACCAUGAAACUCAUUUUUCCAUCCGUAUAUCUUCAUAUUAUUAUUAUGGUGGUGAGUGGCAGAAUUGGUAGAGCACUGGACAAAUGCCUUACAGUAUAUAUAUAUAGUUAUGUCCCUUCGUGUUUUGGGUUCAAAUCUUGCUAGGGUCAACUUUGGCUUUUAUCCUCUCCCAAGUAGCAUAGGAAAGGUCUUCAUCACCCAGGAGCAAAGACAGUUUCGGCACCCCGCCAUUACCACCAUGGUAAAUGUGGGUGACUGCCACCUUAUCAUGCUAGAUCUUUGUUUUCUGAGAUGAUAUCAAAUGAACAACCAGUCAACUAUUGAUGUUGAUAAAUUUGACUUCUGCCCUGUGCUCUUGUAAGCCUUUAUUUUAUUUGACAAUAGCAUAAUAGAGCAUGUUCUUUGAGAAAGGAAACCAAAGGGUUAGGAUGGUAGAUUGGCAGACUUGUCAGAGCAAGGGAGGCAAUGCCCUGUGGCAUUUCAUCUAAUUCUUUACAUUCUGAGUUCAAAUCCCCACUGUGGUCAACUUUGUACUACUUAACAUGCUCAUGUCGAUGGUAUCCACUAAGUCCCCUCCCUUCAGAAUUGCUGGCUUUGUGCCUAAAUUAGAAACUAUUAUUGUUAUUAUUAAUUUUAUUAGAAAUUAUUACUAAGGCAGAAAUGGUAAAGUAAAUCACUAAAUAUGUUUAUGGUGUUUACUCAGUUCUGAUCCCAUCAAGUUCUGCUUUGAUGUGUCACAUUGUGAUGAGGAUCCUUAGUCUAUAAGAACCUCUAUACCAGUGAUAUAUUGGCAAUUAUACUCAAUAGACUACACCUUCCAUUCCUACAAACAUUGGCCUUGAAUUUCUGAAUCAUUUUCAUUAAUUAAAAUAAGUAAUCAAAGAGUAAUGGGCAGCAGGCAAAGUGGUGAAUGAAAUGCCUUGUGGUAUUACAUCCCAUCCCUUUUAAAGUGAAAUUUUUAUCUGGGCCUGACUUUACCUUUCAUCAUUUUAACAUUGUGGCAAUGAGUUCCAGCCAAGUAUGGCGCGAAGGGUUCAAUAUCUAUAUGUGGCUUUGUACCAAUGUUAGGAUUAUUAUUAAAGUAUUUUUCUUCUGAUAUAAACCAAUCUAAAAUGGGACCCUGGAAAUACAAGAAUAAUGAACUACAUCUGAGAGACCUGACAUAUUUCGUUGUGUGGACAAUAACUUAAUUCUCUGUCAAUUUUUGGGUCUCUUGUGCUUGUGUCACUCAUAACUAUUGGCUUUUCAGUCAGUUUUUAGACAUCGGAUAGCAUCUUCUGCCGCGACGAUGCUGUCUCUCUCUCUCUCUUCAUCCAUUCAUAGAAAAAUCUACUCCAGCAUAAAUGUUACCAAAUUCUUAGUGAGACUGACUGCUGCCAGCCACACUGCCUUCUUUUAAUGAUGUUACCAUGGAUACUGGUUGACGUUUAUUUUUUCUUUUGGCUACAUUCUACACUUGACAACAUUGGGUCUAGCUAGAUAUUUUCAAAACUGGUUGAUUUAUACACACGUGUGUAUGUGUGUGUGUGUGUUUAUAUAUGUGUAUAUAUAUAUAGAGAAGUAUGUAUAUAGGUGUGUAUAAAUGUGUAUAUAGAUGUAUAUAUAUAUAUGUAUGUACUGAUGUGUAUAUGUACAUAGAUAUAUAUAUAUAAUAUAGGUAGAUGUAUGUAUGAGUGUGUGUGUAUAUAAAAUACCUUGUUGGAUUUUUUGUCCUGUGUACUAAUGCCAAGACUAAGUGUGAUAAAGAUUCAACAUUUUCAGUGAUAUAAAAUGGGGGGUACAAAAAGAAAAAUAUGUAAAACAAACAGUAAUAAUAAUAAUAAUUAGUAACAGAAUAUAUAAAGAAAAAAACAUUGAAGUACAAUAAACGAAACCAACAAACAAUUGAUGGUUAUUGGUCGCAGUUACUAGCUAAGAUUACUUUUGAUCUGUGAUUGAUGAUUGUUUUGUUAUCUGUGAAAACCUGAAGGAAGGGAAUAAUAACCAGAAACGGACUAAAAUAUGCGAAAUUCUCUUGAAAACCUGAGCAAAAUGAUACGGAUUUGAAAAAUAAAAACCAAAUGCAACAGAGAUGUAUCAAAGACAAUUGAUGUUUGAGAUUUUCUUGUUUUAAAGAAACAAAUUGAAACUGGUGAAGAGAGGAAAAUAUAAAUCAUUUUUUUUUUUGUUUUUAUGUGUGGAAAAAUAAGUGACUGAAUGAAUGCCUAAAGGACAUCAACAUCAAGAACAACAAUAAAAUCAACAUGUAAACAUUU